AUGCCCGAAGACACGUAUCGCGUCGCGGACGACGGCCUCGGCGACGCCGCGGACGCGCCGCGGACCCUCGCCGGCCGGAGGUCGACCGCGUCGUCGUCCGGCGCGAACGAGAGCUCCCCGCUGACGACGACGCGCGACGCGCGACGUCGACGCGGGACCGGCGCGUCGCGCGCGCGCUGCUCGCUGUGGACGCUGAACGCGUGCGCCGCCGCGCUGCACGGCGCGUGGGUGAUCGUCUUCUGCCUGCUCUGGGCGCUGGACACGCGCGCUAACGGCGACCGCAAAGACAGUGCGCGCGCGCUCGCGUCCGAAGCCCUCGCGCCCUCCGUCCCGUCCCGUCCCGCCCCGCCCGUCGUCUCUCCGACGUCCGCGCGCCCCUCCUCGGCUCCUCCUUCAGUCACGUACUACCUGUACGUAUCGCGCGCGACGUUCGGCCCUCGCCCGACGCCGCCGUCCCUCGCGCUCGACGCGCCCGCGGCGGUGACGCGCGCGGUGUCCGACGCGCGCCCGACGCUCGCCGCCGCCUACCCGGACCUCUUCGGCCCCGCCGCCGUUCCCGGUCUCUCGUCGCCGUACCCCGAAUGCGACGUCCCGAAGUCCGCCGCCGUCGGCGACAUGGCCGUGUCCCCGGCGUGGGAGGACAGCGGCGUCGCGCUGAGCCUGCACUGGCUCGUCGUCGCGUUCUUCGCGCUGUCGUUCGUCUUCCAAGCCGCAGUCGCGGUCGGCGAGCUCGCGGCGUUCGCGCGUUUGGAACGGCUGCGGCGGUUCGUCACCGGCGAGCGGUACGUCGCGGAGGACCCGCAGGGUGAGUUCUUCGGCGGCGGCGACGACGACGAAUCCUACGCCACGAAGCCGACGAGCGGGUGGAUGCGGUUCGUCGAGUACUCGUUCAGCGCGGCGGUUGGCGUCUUCGACGCGUGGAUGCUCUUCGCGCUCGCGGCGCUGACGUGGGCGACGAUGAUAUUAGGUCUCCUCGCGGAGCGCAUACUCGCCGUCGAGGAGGCGCUCGCGCGGACGUUCGCGAGCGCUGGGGACACGGUGAGCGAUACCGCUUCCCGCUUCCCGCGCGUCUCUUUCGGUCGAGUCUACACGAUCGUGAUCGUCGCGCACUUCUUCACGUCCCAGCGCGGGUGCGAGUUCGCGGACGCGCCGGGCGGGCGGGACGAGAACGUCGCGCCCGACUUCGUGUACGCCAUCGUGUUCUGCGAGCUCGCGCUGUUCGCGUCGUUCGGGAUCACGCAGCUCUCGCAGUUCGUCCUCUUCGACGACUGGCGGCAGGGCGGGCCCGGGAGGGCCAACGUCGGGAGACGCGCGGAGGCGGCGUACAUCGUUCAGUCGUUGGUGUCCAAGACGUUGCUCGGGUGGCUCGUGUACGGCGGGAACUUUGCGUGA